AUGUUUGUCAACAAUUGUAUGUUUAUCUGUGCUUGUGUAGUUUGGAUGUGUGGUGGCACAGUGUUGUUAGAUUUAAGCAUCUGAUGUAAGGUCAUUGAACUAAUGGCUGUAUUUUUGGAGCGUCAAGCUUUCUCCAAUGCAUGGCACAAAUUUUAUGCGAAAAAAUGCCGUGUGAUUUUGAAAAAGAAACUUUGUACAACGGCGACCCCUCUGUCUGUGUCUAAAUGGACAUCUGUUGUUGGACUGGAAAUUCAUGCUCAAAUUUUAUCAAAUUCAAAGCUGUUCUCUGGAGCAGGAACUGAAUUUGGGCUGCCAGUUAAUACAAGUGUUUCACUGUUUGAUGCAGCUAUUCCAGGAACUCUUCCAGUUCUGAAUCGCAGAUGUGUUGAAGCAGGUGUACUGACAGCUUUAUCCUUAUCAUGUAGGAUAAAUGCAAUGUCACUGUUUGAUCGUAAACAUUACUUUUACUCUGAUCUUCCAGCUGGCUACCAAAUUACGCAACAACGCCUUCCACUAGCUCAAGGUGGGCAAAUAGAUUUCCAUGUUUUUACCCAAGGUGUGCAUAAGAAGCCUUAUAAGAAAACAGCAAGGAUACAUCAGCUGCAGCUUGAACAAGAUAGUGGAAAAUCUCUUCAUGAUGAAAUUUUGAACAGGAGUUUAGUGGACCUAAAUCGAGCAGGGUUACCAUUAAUGGAAAUAGUAUUUGAACCAGACCUUAAUGAUGGUGAAGAGGCAGCUGCACUAGUCCAGGAACUAGUACUAAUACUGCAGCGGCUAGGAACUUGCUCCUGCAAGAUGGAAGAGGGUGCCUUACGAGUUGAUGCAAAUGUGUCUCUGCAUCAAAGUGGUGAACCAUUGGGUGUUCGUACUGAAAUUAAAAACAUUGGAAGUGUUAGAGCUGUGGCCAAUGCAAUUAAAUAUGAAACAGAUCGUCAGAGAAGAGAAUUGGAAAAUGGGCACACAAUUGUGAAUGAAACACGUGCAUGGGAUGCAGAAAGUAAACAGACUGUGUCAAUGAGGGACAAGGAGCAAGUACAGGAUUAUCGUUAUAUGCCUGAACCCAAUUUACCACCUCUCUGGCUGUUGAUAGAUGAUAAGCCUCUGCCAGAGAAUGUUGACAGUCGUGAACUGGUAAAUGUGGAAGCACUAAGGAAGGAACUUCCCGAGAUGCCUGAAGAAACACGAAAUAAAUUAAUUCAGAAUUAUGCAUUAUCACUGGAGACUGUUUUUAUACUAGUGAGAGAAGGCAAAUUAUUGCAAUAUUUUGAAGACAUCAUGAAACAAAAUCCUAGCAGAAACCCACAGAAAGUUGCAAAGAUUCUUAUAAUGGAUUUUCUUACUGCUUUAAACAAAAAGAAUGUGGAUCUGGAUAAUUGCCAAGUACCAGCAGGUUUCCUAGGAGAACUAAUAGAUAUGCUUCAGAAUGAUGUUAUUAACUUACAAGUGACAAAGAAAGUUCUGGAAGAACUUCUUAGUGGUCCAGCAAACAGUCCAAGUGAGAUUGUCAGCUUAAAUCAUUGGAGUCAGAUAAUACAUCCAGAUGAAAUCAACAAGAUUUGCAGAGAUGUGUUAUUAAAAAAUCCUAAGUUAGUAAAACAGUACAAAAAUGGAAAGAAGAAAGUACUGAAAGCUUUAUUAGGAGAAGCUGCAAGGUCAACAAAUGAAAGAGUUAAAAUGUCCCUAGUAGAACAACAGCUUAAGACAAUGCUAGACAAGGAGUAGGGUUUCUUCAACAGAGAGAGAGAGACAGAAAGAGAGAGAGAGAGAGAGAGAGAGAGAGAGAGAGAGAGUUUUUUUACUUCCAGUUAGGUGUAUGUUUGUAAGAACUGACAUCGUUGGGUGAUGGAGACACAGCAAUCUGUGUUAUUUCAAAUAAAUUUUAAUAGUCUUGAUCACAGUAAAACGUAAUUACAACCUGGUGAUUACCAAUUUCAGUUGAGUAGCAACCAUCCGCAGAUCUAUUGAAAUAAACAAAAAUAUUAUCUUUCUGUUAAUGUGGAACAAUAUCGUUAAAAAAUUUACAUUUUAUAAAAGUCAUAAAACAUAUGUUAAAAAAAUCAUAUCAUGAUUACACUCAGACUGCCACCUCAGUACAGCGUUAAUGACAAAAUAUCAUUCUAGUGUAAGUGUGCUAUGUUUUUUCCUAUUUUGUUUUUGUUUUUAUGUCUUUAUAAAAAUAUAUGUCUUUAAGUACUGAUGGGUUUCCAUGUUAUCUGAAAGGGAAUGUUUCUGUUUAUUUCUAUAGCUUUGAGGAUGGUUGUGUCAACUGAAACCGGUAAUCAUCAACUUGUAAUUACAUUUUAUUGUGAUCAAGAGUAUUAGGAUUAAAUAAUAUUUAUGUAUGUGUAUGUGUGUGUUUACUUUCAGAUUUGUACAGUAUGCAGUGAA